CCAAAAAAGACUAAGAAUCACAGUGAAAACAAAGUUAAUUAUUUUGUAUUGAAUGGCGUAGGCUGCUUCAUCUUCUUCUUCGCCUUGUUCCCUCGUGAACCCUCUCUGUUUUAGAGACCCCUUUGUGGCUCUUCUAUCCACUGGAACAAGACGAAGCUAACAAUGGCGAUGGCUAAAAAACUUUUCCAUUUUCGUCAUUUCUUCCUCGUCGUCGUCUUCACCUUCUUUCUCGCCAUCCACCGUACACAUCAGUUACAUAAUUCUCAGUCUUAUGCCCUUCUGAAAUUCCAGAAGCUUCUGGGGUAUCCAUCAGCUCUAAGAAGCUUGAGAACUACGAAAGAUUUCUGCAACGUCGAGUCGACCAACUGUUUGACGAUAGUCUGCUAUGAAGACAAUGUAACACAGCUUCAUGUUGUUGGUGACAAUGGGGUUUCUUAUUUGCCUCAAGAUUUCACUUCAGACUCUCUAUUUGCCACUUUGGGUGCACUCUCGAGCUUGAAAGUUCUUUCUCUGGUUUCUAUGGGUCUCUGGGGUCCUAUACCUGAAAGCAUUUCUCAACUGCCUUCUCUGGAGAUUCUUAACAUUAGCUCAAAUCAUUUCAGUGGAGCCAUCCCAAUCCAGCUUUCUCUGCUGAAGAGUCUGCAAUCAUUGGUUCUUGAUGAUAACCACUUUACAGGUACAAUUCCCAUGUGGGUAGGUUCGCUUCAAGGUUUAGCUGUGUUGAGUAUGGGAAAAAAUUCUCUUAGUGGCUCUGUGCCAACUUCUGUUAACGAUCUUCAAACUCUGAGGGUGCUGGAUCUAUCAAAUAAUGAUUUACAUGGUGAACUACCUGGCCUUAGUAGCUUGAAAAAUCUACAAGUUCUUAAUUUGGAAAACAACACAUUUGGACCCCAUUUUCCAUCUCUACACACCAAGUUAGUUUCACUUGUACUUAGAAAUAACAGCUUCCGGUUUGGUAUACCUUCUAAUUUAAGCUCUUCCUACCAGCUUCAAAAGCUGGACCUUUCAUUAAAUGGAUUUGUGGGACCAUUUCUACCAUCUUUACUCUCUUUGCCUUCCAUCAAAUACCUUGAUGUUUCGGCAAAUAAACUUACUGGAACGCUGUUCAGUAAUUAUUCUUGCAAUUCUGAUAUCCUUUUUGUGAAUCUAUCUUCAAAUCUCUUAAAAGGGGAGCUUCCCAGUUGUUUGAAACCAGAGAACAAGGUGGUUGCAUUGUAUGACAGAAAUUGUUUCUCAAAUGAGGAUCAAGAUCAGCAUCCUCCUACCUUCUGUCAAACUGAGGCUCUGGCAGUGAAUGUUAUGCCCCAUGAACAAAAGCAGAGAAGAAGAACAGCUAGUAAAACAGUUCUUGUGUCAAGCAUGGGAGGUAUCGUUGGAGGAUUCUUGGUUUUUGGAGUGGUUUUCUUGGUUAUUGUACGGGUAAACAAAAAAGGAUCUGGGAAAGCACCUGCAGGGUCUAAAUUGGAGCUAGUUAAAAGCCAGAUGAAUGACAAACAUGAUGAGGUUAAAACAACAAGAACUGCACUUUCAGUAUUGGAGAAUAUCAUCAGCCGAGUUCCUACGCCUAAUAAGGAAUUUGUGAAAACGCUUGCAAGAUCCAUGAUGGAGCAUGUUGUUAGCCGGGUUCAUCACAGACAUGUGAGACCUGCAAGGUCCAUAGUAGAGCAUGUCUCUUCAGUAAACACCGCAAAACUGCUCAGCGAUGCAAGGUAUAUCUCACAGACAAUGAAGAUGGGUGCCAGCCUUUCUGCUUAUAGGACCUUCGCUUUGGAUGAACUCAAGGAGGCUACAAAUAAUUUUGAUGCAUCAUGUUUCAUAAGUGAAGGUGCAUGUGGUCAGAUCUACAAAGGAUUGCUCUCUGAUGGAACUCAUAUUGCUGUCAGAAGCUUGAAAAUGAAGAAAAGGCAUGGCCCUCUGACAUAUAUGCAUCACAUUGAGUUGAUUUCUAAACUUAGGCAUCCACACUUGGUCAGUGCUCUAGGACAUUGCUUCGAGUGCAGCCAUGAUGAUCCAAGUGUCAGCAAUAUAUAUAUCAUAUUUGAGUUUGUACCAUACAGAAGUUUACGAGGCUGCAUAUCUGGAUCUUCUGGGGAAAAGCUUUCUUGGGCACAGAGAAUAGCAGCUGCAAUUGGUGUUAUUAGAGGCAUUCAAUUUUUGCACACUGGGAUGGUGCCUGGACUGUAUUCAAAUAAUCUGAAGAUAACAGAUAUUCUACUGGAUAACAAUCUCAAUGUUAAAAUAUGCACCUACAAUCUUCCUCUAUUGACUGAUAAUAAGAUAAUGGUAGGCAAUGGAACUUUUUCCCCAGUAGUUAAAGGAAAUGUUCAAGCAAGGAUGAAGGAUGGUGAAAAGAAUGAUGUCUAUGAUUUUGGCGUAAUCUUACUUGAAAUCAUUCUAGGACGCACAAUCAUGUUCCAUAAUGAAGUUGGAACACUAAAAGAUCUUUUACAAGUAAGCCUAGCAACUGAUGAUAUAGCUAGAAGGAGCAUUGUUGAUCCAGCAGUUCACAAGCAAUGCUCAGAUGAAUCAUUGAAGAGAUUGAUGGAGAUAUGUGUGAGGUGUGUCUCAGAAAAUCCUACUGAUAGGCCUUCUGUGGAAGAUGCUCUCUGGAAUUUGCAGUUUGCAGCACAGGUUCAGAAUUCAUGGGGAAGAGACUCCAUUGAUGCUAGAGAAUCACCUGCUUCACCUUCCCUAGAAUAAGGUUCCUAAUAACUUGCGUGAUCACAAAUAAAAGGACCAAGAAAUGUGUUUAUAUGUGGUUUUAAGAAAGUAGCGACUUGUAUUUAUGGAUAUAAGGAUAUUACAGUGUUAAGGACAGGUUUAGGGAUAAGUUUAUAUGUUGUAUUGUCUAGAUGGUGUUCAUAUGUUUUCUUUUUCUUUGUUUUUGGCGAAGAUGGCGUUCACAUGUGAGCUUCAGUUUCUACCUACCUUUCAACUUAGCAUCACAAAUUUGGCAAGCUUGUUGCCAGAAUAACACACACACACACACACACACGCGCGAAAAUGUUUUCACUAUUUUUUAAAAUUAUGUAUGGAGAUAAUGUAAUAGUUAAUUUUGAUA